AUGUUCACUCCCGGAACUACAGUAGCACAUUUAGGCUUAGACGUUCCUAAACUUUACGUUCUAUUACUUCACCCGGGCCAUCUGAGAAGUUCUCAUGCCACGUUGCGUUUUUGGUGGCUUAGUGUGCAUUCUAUCGGAACAUGCCAGAGUAACGAACUGCUUGAAGCUGCCCGAUGGACAUCCAAGAUCGGCCUGUUCUACUGCUAUAGAAGCUCUGAGAAUGGCCUUGGACAUCACACAAGCGUGGGAAAUUUUGGAUAUUCCAACGGCACUGGCUGCAUCCUUGACCCUGCGGACUAUGAUCGCCUCUUACCAAUUGGCGCGGUUGGCAAGUGCGUUCUUUACAUCCCUAAUACAGCAUCCUCUUACUUGAUCUUCCAGAAGAGUCCUAAGAGGUCUUUGUCAACUCCGUAG